UUGUGUUGUGGUGCCUCGUCAGGACGUGCACAGUGGACCUCCUCCAUCACUUCCACCGCUCCACACUGCCAGUGGAUUUUCAGCUCCGAGCCCUUUUUUUUUUUUUUGCUUCAUUGAGUUAUUGUCUAAGUUUAUUUGAAGUGUUUGGAUUUUUGAGAAAGGGGGAAAAGAAAAGGGUUCCAUCCUCCUCACUUGUGCAGACAUGCAACGGUGCACAGCAGUGCUACUUUUGCUGGUGGUGGCCUUAUACGUCCUGAGUGCAGAAGCUUACAAGUGCCGGUGCACCAGAAAAGGACCCAAGAUCCGAUACAAGGAUGUGCAGAAGCUGGAGAUCAAGCCCAAAUAUCCCUACUGCCAGGAAAAGAUGAUUUUUGUGACGAUGGAGAAUGUGUCCCGCUUCAAGGGUCAGGAGUACUGCCUUCACCCCAAACUGCAGAGCACCAAGAAUCUGGUCAAGUGGUUCCGCAUCUGGAAAGACAAACACAGAGUUUACGAGGCCUAAAUCGGUGGCAAGUCAGCACAACAAGAUCAAAUAAACAACUACGACACCGCUGGGACUUUUUUGAUGGGGAAUGUUGCAAAAAAAAUUAAAAUAAAUCUGCCGUACUUCCUCUUCCUCUUCAAGCCAUCAAGACAUAAUCGAGCUAGUUUUAUCCAACUAUAGUGUUUGUUUUUUCUUUUUGGUUGUAGUUUCUACUUCUAAUAAUUGACUCAGAAGCUAUGUUUGUUUAAAAAGAACCUCCGUAUUGGAGGGACGUCAAUAAUCCAUUUAUUUUCGAUAUUUUCUAACAAUAUUGCCACACAAGUACAUCUGCAAAUAUGAUAAACAAUGCAUAUUACUCCUGUUUUUGUAUUCAUUCCAAUGUAAAAUGCAUUUUUGUAAACAGCCUAUUUUGUUAGAAUGACUUUAUAGUGUCAUGUAUGUUAUGCCGUUUCAUUAUAGCUGUUUGGUUGUGCUAUUUAAUUAGUUUUGGUCCGGGUGGGCGUUCAAGCGUUCAACAUUCCAUUGUGUGUUAAAAAAAAAAAAAAAAAGGUAAUAAACACAGCAAUAAAGUGUCUAAAAGUAA